CAACUCUCAUAUCCUAGGAUGUCUCACAUACCUUGUUCAAAGUCAUAACAUGUGAGCUCCUUCUGGCCCCGUCCAAGUGGAGAAGAAAAGGGGCCCCAAUUGCAAAUAAGCAACAAUCGCCGUUAACCCACUCAUUCAUCCGCUUCACUCAUGCUUCAAUAGAGCUGACACAAAGAAAAUUCAAAACGGACUAAGUACAACACAGCCACUCGCAUUCAACUUACCAGAUUUGCUGGCAUGAUUUGUUGCUGGUGUAUCCCCUGAGCUGCGGGGUAACAUGGCCAGAUCACGGCUUGAGCCUUGCGUAUACCUCUACACCUGUAGUAGCUAGUGUGCCCGGCAAACACCAUCUAUCCGGACUUCAUCUACAUUCCAUCCCACCACUACUACUUCCAAUUCUAAACAAACGGCCAAAGUAGCACCACACCAUGCCCAAAAUCCCCCUCCUCAAGGGCCUCCUCCUCCCCAUCGGGGAGAUCCCCUUAGACAGCAUCCAACCAGACCCCAACAUCAGCUGCACCAAAAAGGACCUCAAAACAAUCACGUCCUAUAACCUCCUUCCGAAGAAGGAAAAGAGCAUGGUAGUUCCAGGAACACCCCCCAUCUACAAACCCCCCACCACCCCCCUCCUCAUCCCCGCCGACUCCGGAAAAUACAUCCUCGACCCCAACAGCCACAUCUUCCCCAAAUGCUCCCUGGAACCUCUCCUCCGCGCCAUCUCCACCAGCACCAGCACCAGCACCACCCCCAAACCAAAACUAAACCUCACCACAACGGACCUAAUCACCGACCGACGCAACCUCCGCCUCCUCCUCUCCUUCGUCAGCGCCAACAAAAAGCCCUUCCGAAUCAACAUCGAAGUAAUCCACUCGACGGUACUCUUCUCGACCUGGACAUCCAGCAAAACCAACACCAACUUCGUAGGCAAAUUCGAAGGCUACGGCCACUCCUUCGAGAAAACAUCUACCUGGACGCCGCGCUACAUCCGCGGAAGCAUCAUCCACAACAGAGUGGUACGGUAUACCCUGGGCGGGAUACACAUCCUGCUUCGCUAUGAAGUAGACGCAUGCAUGCCCGGGAAACCACACACUCCCAAUCCCAAUAAUACCAAUCAGCAAUCACCCACAGGGAUACACAUAAUCAACUCCGGCACCCUCGUCCCUCCGCACCGCAUAAUCGAGAUCAAAACCGGCCCUGUGAAUAAACGACUCGAUAACUCCAAGAACCUAUCGCAGAUGUGGUUCUCGCAUACUCCGAUACUGUGUACGGGGCAGUAUCAGCCCGACGGGACGUUUUUGCCCGCGCGGACGCAGAAUAUGGAGAAGGAGGGGAGGUUGGCGCAGUGGGAGAGGGAUAAUGAGGAGAAGAUACGGAAGUUGGUGAGCGUGUUGGAGAGGGUGUUUGAGGUUGUGAGAGGUGUGCCGCAUAAGUGUGCGUUGGUGCAUAAUGGGGAUGGGGUGUUGAGGGUGUAUCAGGAUGAUGGGAAUGGGGCCGUGGGGAGGGGGGUGCCGGGGGAUUUGCUGGGGUUGUGGGAUGAUGGGGGUGUCCCAGUUAAGUAA